CCUCGCCGUCCACGGGGAGACUGGCCGGGUCAGGUCAGGGCUGGGACGCAGUCUCCUCUGUCCCCGGCAGAGGAGGGGAAGGCUUCCGGUCCUGGAGGAGGACAGUGGCUUCCCUCCCCCGGGCACCAGGCUGCAGACACAGACACGGGGCUGACGGUGGUCCCACAGGCUCUGCUCCCACGGUGGCUAGUGUGGCUGGGGACUGAGGUGUCCCCGAGAGGCUCCGUUCCCGCAGGAGCCCUCAGAGGGACCUGCACCUCGCCCAGGCCCACGGCAACGGAGCCGGCGGGGACAGACCGCUUCAGCCCUCCGGGGAAAGACCGCUGGAGCCCUCGAGGACAGACCGCUGGAGCCCUCGAGGACAGACCGCUGGAGCCAGAGCUAAAGCAAGCUCCCUCCUCCCAGUUGUUCCUGUCAGGUAUUUUGGUCACCAAGCCAACACAGCCAUGACCCCAGGACCCCCGAGUGCUCUGGCGCAUCCCCCAGAGGACAGGGGUCCACUUCUGCCCGUGUCUGUGCCAGGCUCUGAUGACCUCAGUGGAGCCCCAGAUAUUAGGGGGCAGCACGGUGAGCGGGCAGGUCCCCAGGCCUGGCCUUUCCCCUGGCUUGCCUGGCCACCUCUGCAGGGCCACGGAGAACAAAGAGGAGGAAGCAGCUGGGCUCUGCAGGCUCCCUCAGCAGGAGCAGGGAGGGACGUCACAGUCGGCCCCCCUGCGUGGGCUGAGUCCUCUCCCUUCCCAGUCCACCAGGAGCUGAGGGAGGCUCCACUGAAGUAGAAGCCAGGUGCCGUCACUUGCAACUGUAUCCCAGCUACUGGGGAGGCCGAGGCAGGAGGAUCGCAAGUUCAAGGCCACUCUCAGCAAUCUAGCAAGACGCUGCCUCAAAAUGAAAAGGGCAAGGAUGUGGCUCAGUGGCAAAGUGGCCCUGUAUCCAGUCCCCAGUACCAAAGACCAAAAAGCAAAAAACAGUGCCCUAGCUCACAGUGACCCCUGGGGGUGGGGGCGGGCAGCCGCUCUACCUGAGAGGCGGCCUUGGGGCUGGCCCUGCGCCUGGGGACACAGUGCUCCUCUGGAUGGAGGCAGAAGAGUGGCCGCUGGCCAGCCCCCCUGGCCAGUCUGGAUGAUGGAAUCUUCCCAGCUCUGAGUGUGCUGGAAGCAGCAGCCAGAGUCACCCAGUGAACCACUUGUCCCCAGCGAGGCGCCGGGUACCACACAGCCGGCCUCUCGCUGGCCCGAUUCUCCCCGCAACAUGAGUCACUGGGCCAGGAUGACUCGGCGCAGACAGGGCCCUGCCAGGGGCUUGCCAGCUCUGGCCAGGCCUCGGGCGGGGAGAGAGGAGCAAAGGCCCGACAGAAACCCGGGGCCUGCGUGGAGGCCUGGGCACUGCCCCGGGGUCCAGAGCAAAGGGAGGCCUCUCUGGCCGCCUCCAGCAGCUGCGCCCCUGCCCGAGUGGGCACAGACGGCCUUUCAGAGCCUCGGGAACGGCCAGCAGAGUGACCUCAUGUGGAAACAGGCCAGGAAGGGCGUGAGCGAGACAGGCCCGAGGCCCCGGGUCGGUCGACACCUUCCUGCCCCGGGGGGCAAAGCCCUGACCGCGCCACGUCAGGGACAGGCUCUGGGUGAUGGUUUUGUUUUUCAUCAAGAAUAAAAACGCGGCUCCGUCCCCACAGCCCGGGCUUCAGCAGGACCUCCCCGCUCCGGGCUCAGGUGCGCCCACCUGGGCUCCAAGGUGGAAGGACCUUCCUAAAGUGCGACAGUCCCGGGGGCGUCCCUCCACCUGCUGGGCCCAGAGGGGGCCACUCAGCCUCCCCUCCGGGCUUCUCCCUGCCCUCCGGUCCCCCCAGCUCUCAGGGGACCCCACGAGCCGCGCCUUGGCCGCCCCAUUCUACUCCCCCCCCGGCCGGUCCCGCUCCCUGACUCCUCCCCUCUACUCCUGCAGCCUUCAGCUCAGAGCCACUUCCCGGAAGCCGUCCAGGGCCCCAGGGGCGGCUUCUCCUCUAGGGCCCGCUCAGCCCCCAGGCCCUGGGCAGCCUCCACCUCAGACCCCGCGGCCUACGCGGUAUCACGAGGCUCUGCACCAGGACUCAGUGAGCGGAGCUGCACCAAGACCCUCAGAAAGCCGCGGAGCUCCGCAGACGCGCAGCAGAUGCAGAGUGAGAGCCGGUGCGUCUGCCCCUCCUGGCGCUCACCCCACCGGGGCCUUCCUCUGAAGGAAGGGGACAGGUGGCCGGACCGGAGGAGGGCUUUGUGGAGAGGGACUCCAGUGAUCCUGGCCCCUGCUGCAGGGCACCUAGAGGGGACCGUGGGCCAGGAGAGUGGAGCAGCGAGCAGCCCGCGGGCAGCUGGGCCAACUCGGCUCAGCUGUUCCCCAGCGGGGAGAAAUUUCUCACCUUCAGGAACAGGGUGGGGACAUUCCCAGACAGGGCCAUGUCUUGGCUGCUCAAGGAACCACAGUGAUGGGUCUCGGCGGCCGGUCCCAUCCCCAGACCUGGCCGGGAGCCUGUCCCUCUGCCUUAGCCGUUUAUGGAGGUGUGGCCCCGUGACAGGGCACCUGGGGCACAGGACUGCGGCGGUCCCCGGCCAGCCUGACACGAGGCCUCCUCUUCCAGAAGCCAGUGUGGACGUCCGAGGCCAGGAUCUCCACAGGCCCUUGGCACGUCCCCGGAUGCCGGGGACGGGGAAACAACGGGGCCUUCGUGGCCAGCAGGGUGGACAGGGCCCAGAGAUGGGCAGGUUUGUCAACUCAGUUGUGAACAAUCUAGAGCACAGACCCCGCUUCAUCCAAGUGUGGCCUGAAAACUCACAGCCAAUGUCCCCUUCAGAACCAUGUCACCUCUCCAAGGCCCACCUCACCUCCCUCCUGCCGGCUCACUGGCAGCCACCCGGACGCGGCAGCAACCGUGGCUCAUCCUGCUGGGUCUCUGAGCCAACCUGUCCACCCCCACAGCUCUCCUCUGAGCAAGAGAGACGGACCUUCAGAGUGGACCCCAGACAGGGAAGACCUUCCAAGGAGCUCGGCUCUGCUCACAAGGGGGCGCCUUCCCACCUUCCUUCUCUCAGUGCUGGGUCGGAACCCAGGCCUGUGCCAGGCAGUGUCCGCAGGAGCCAGGCCCUAGAGAGCAGCCUAACACAGAGCCUGACACUCAACCUAGGCAUCCUCCUGCGGGACGCCCUGAGGCUGGGGCCUCUUCUCUUUCCUCUUAAGGCUGCAGGACACCUACGGAGCACAGGGGUCUCAAGGCAGAGACCCCCGCCCCAUCCCCCCCAGGCCUGGGCCUGGACGACUCUCCAGUGGCAGGGCCAGCUCUCCACUCGGCCCUCUGCAGAUGCCCAGUGAACGUCAGCCCUCCCCGAUGCCUCGGGCACCUGCCUUCCCAGAGCAGUCCCAGAGCCAGCCCCGCCGCCCAGCGGGCAUCGUGGACAUCUGGCCAACAGUGACCUCACAGAUGCCCCAAGUCAUAAACGAGGACCCGCUCGCUCGCAUCUCGGCAGCUUCCUCCUCCCACCAGGACAGGCGAGUGGCCUGUGACCCUCCCUGGGGCCGUCCCAGAGGCUGCUGCCCAGCCCACGCCCUGUGCUGGAGCCCGCUGGGGAGAAUGCCCAGCCUCUCUGGGCCUGAGUCCCCACUUAGAGAACCAGCAGGGACGAGGACAGUGAGUGGGAGGCACCUGCGGUCAGAGAGGGCCAGGCUGCCUGUGCCCAGGAGGGUGGAGCUCUAGGACAGGUCAGCGACGUAGCCACCACAGUGGACCAACAGGAGCUGCGGCAAGGGCCUCUGAGGCCGAGAGGUGGGGAGAGGGGACCGGAGCUGCAGGUGCCCGUGCGGCUGGGGAGCAGCUCAGCAGUCAGCCAGCCCAGGAUGCCACUCAGCCUCCCCAAAUGUGUCCUGCUCAGAAGCUGGGCCUGGCCCCCAGCGUGUGUCAGGUCUGGGGCACAGGCACGGGAGGGAGCCAUGGGGUGUCCCUAGAAGCCAACAGGCUGGUUUCUUCUGAAGAUUGACACCCAGAGCCCAGCCCGGAGGAGGUGCCCAGAGAGAUUCCCAGCCCCCGGGAAGUUCACUUGGGUCCAACUUCAGUCCUCACCACGGAAGGCCUCUGGACGGAGCAGCCCCUGUAUGUGUGCCGAGGGUCUCAGCUGCCCAGAGGGAGGAGCACGGGACACACGUGCCACCCAGAUCCACUGUCUUUGCACACAGCCGUGAGACAGAGGGACGCGCAGCAGCCGGGCACCGCCGAGUGUUGGCCUGGCAGCCCCCCCGGGGGUUGGGCAUUUGCACCAAUCCUGUGCACACAGAUCUUCGCACACAUGUGGCUGACAAUCACCCGCACAACUGCGCCGGGGAACCUGGCCCAGCGCCCGCCAGCAACAGGGCGCUGUAAUCCCCAGCUGCUCGCCGGAUGCCACAGGAGACGCCAUUGGAGGACGGAGAGGGUCACGGUUUUCAAGGCCACACCCCCAUGGGAGACACAGGGCCACAGGAUGGACAUGUGUCAGCCAAAGCAUCAGCCCGGCCCCCCCGGGUCACCGGAGGAGCAUGCACCCGCUCAUUCAGCAUUUUUAUUGAGCAACUACAAGGAGCUGAACAGCAUAGACCAGGACGUAAGCAGCUCAUCCCAAACCACCCGACCCUCUCCCGGGCCUGCUGUGAGGGGCAGACUGGCUUCUGGGGGCGCACGGACCUGGGUGGACCUCUCAGCCUGUCCAGCCCUGGGCCUGGGUCGGGCAGGUGCGCAGCACACGGGGGCUGGGAUGGACUCCCCCAAUGGGUGCGUGAACUGCGGACGUCGGCCUGCGCUGCUGGGGGAAAUGCCCAAGCGCUGGCCUGUCCACGCCUGUGGCGAGGAGCACAAAGAGGCAGCAGGAGCCAGCCAGCCGCCCAGCUGCUUCCCAGGAGGCAGAUGAUCUGCUCCAGAGUGUCCCGACCUUCCCUGACAGCUGCUCCGCCAGCCCCCGGCCCUGGCAACCACGGGAGGCUGGCGGCCGGGCUGCAGGGGAUGGCUCUGAAGCCAUGCGUGACCUCCACGGAGGGGUCACUCAGCCUCUGUCCAGCUGGAAUCGGGGCUCUGCCAGGCAGGAGCAUUUGGGAGAACCAGUUCCUGGGAGCUGAGCCAGGCCCAGGGACAGGCUGCUAGAACCUUCAAUGAUGCCCACCGCCUCACCCCGCGGGGGAACAGCAGCCGUGGAGGGGAGGGGCAGGGUGUGCGCCAGCAAGGGAGGGACAGGGACAGACGGGCCUCGGGAGUCCCUUCCCCCCUCCCUGCUUCAGCAGGGCCCAGGGCUCCUCUUCACGGGGUCACAGUGAAACGUGGACACCUCGAUGUCUGUAAUGUGCUGAGAACCGACUGUCACAGGACAAGAGCCACGGAGCUGGGCAGUGACAACGAGGCGCACACUCACAACCGCUGGGCACACCGUGCGCCGGGCCUCUGCAGCCUGCGUCUGCCAGCACAGCUUGGGUGCGAUCCCCCGUGAGAAGCAGGGGCAGCUGCUGGCACUGUGGCCUGGCUCUAGGGACCCUGGUGGCAGCCUGCAGCUGCCUGGGGUCCCAGGGCCUGUGUGCACACGUGGGCACUCAUGUGCCACCCACAUGCGUGUUCUCACGCACAUUCGACUAUCAUACGUGCCUUCCCAGCACCUGUGCGUCUGUGCGUCUGGCUUCCACGUGGAAGCUCAGGCUGAGUGGGUCAGGACAGAGCCUCUGUUUCCACAGGAACCAGGUGCAGCAAGCUUCUGUCACCACUGGUUGUCAAAAGGACAGAUCAAGGUGGGGAC